AUGGCAUUGACAUCUAUCCGUACCAACGGCGAUGACAUUGAGAUUGUCGACCAGCUGCUGCUCCCUCACACAGUGGCUUGGGUGGCAAUCAAGAGUCCGGAUGAUGCCUACACCGCGAUCAAAUCGAUGAUGAUUCGAGGUGCACCAGCAAUCGCGAGUCUCGCGGCUUUGUCCGUAUCAUCUUACCUCUCCCGCGCACUCGAAGAAGAACCCCGGCCAGCGUUUCUCACAUCGUAUCAACUACUCGAAGAUCACUUGUCGCCUAUCCUCGCGCAUCUGUACGCUUCACGACCCACGGCUGUCAAUCUAGGCGCCGCCAUCACGCGUCUUCAAGGGGUACUGGCGGCUGGGCGCGCGGAAGCACGCAAAGGCCCCACCGAUGAGCAGACUUCUCUUGCUAUCACGGUCAAGAAUCUGAUCGCAGAAGGUCGAGCCGUCGCAGACGAGGACGUGGGCAGGAACAAGAUCAUGGGACAGCUGGGAGCGGAUUGGAUUCUUCGCAAGGCAGAAGAGAACCACCAAGACAUUACAGAGGGACUCAACAUCUUGACCGUGUGCAAUACCGGUAGCCUGGCGACUUCGAUUGGAACGUAUAAUGCUGCGGUGAUUGCAGAGCGCCAUCGUGUGCCAUUCGUGGUUGCCUGCCCAGUCUCAACCCUGGACCUCUCGAUCCCAGAUGGGUCCGCCAUUCCAAUCGAGUACAGACCGCCGAUUGAGGCCUGUCUAGCUCGUGGGCGUGUCGUCGGCGGACUCGAUCCAACCAUCGCACCCAAUGCACAGGCCGUUGUUCAAAUCACUCCUGACCUCGCGUUGAACGAUGGAGGAGUGUUUAACCCUUCGUUCGACGUCACUCCAGCCGCCCUGAUUUCGGCCGUCGUGACUGAGAAGGGAGUCGCCGAGCGGACGGCGGAAGCCUCGAUCAUCCAGGUCGGAAACAUUUCCUAG